AUACACCUAGAUCAUGGUAUAUUGUAGAUAGGAUACACCUAGAUCAUGGUGUAUUGUAGAUAGGAUACACCUAGAUCAUGGUGUAUUGUAGAUAGGAUACACCUAGAUCAUGGUGUAUUGUAGAUAGGAUACACCUAGAUCAUGGUGUAUUGUAGAUAGGAUACACCUAGAUCAUGGUGUAUUGUAGAUAGGAUACACCUAGAUCAUGGUGUAUUGUAGAUAGGAUACACCUAGAUCAUGGUGUAUUGUAGAUAGGAUACACCUAGAUCAUGGUGUAUUGUAGAUAGGAUACACCUAGAUCAUGGUGUAUUGUAGAUAGGAUACACCUAGAUCAUGGUGUAUUGUAGAUAGGAUACACCUAGAUCAUGGUGUAUUGUAGAUAGGAUACACCUAGAUCAUGGUGUAUUGUAGAUAGGAUACACCUAGAUCAUGGUGUAUUGUAGAUAGGAUACACCUAGAUCAUGGUGUAUUGUAGAUAGGAUACACCUAGAUCAUGGUGUAUUGUAGAUAGGAUACACCUAGAUCAUGGUGUAUUGUAGAUAGGAUACAGCUAUCUUGGAAGUUUUUUCUUCUUCUCCAUGUACAGGUAUGAAAAGAACAGUUUGUUGCUUUAACUAAACUGGAAAGGUGACUUCCCAGGUGUGUGUGUGUGUGUGUGUGUCAGAGAGAGAGAGAGCGCUUGCAACAGGUGUAUCCAAGAAAACAGGUAGGCUGAACCACUCCUACUUUUGUGAAGUCAGAAUAUGGUGUGAAAGAAACAACAUACGCUGUUUAUUUCAUUAGCCGUCAAAUAUUAUUUUGCCAAAACGCAAAAAGGAAUAGGCAACAAGUUUCGCACAGAGGGAGAGCAACUUUCCAAAGGAUUUAUUGGAGUAAGAUGGACCAACCGCAGCAUACAACAUAUUAUUGAAUUAUAAACUUUGGUUAUACCUAAGAUCUAUACUGCUUUUACACUUCUUUACACUUGUCUUCACUUUGGAAUUGGAUGAAAGAAAGUUGACUGUCUGAGGUGGAGCGGGACUUCUUGGACCAAUGUCCUGACUGAUUCCAGCAUUGUAAUAGACCACACACCUUUAGCCGUAUUCAGGACUAUCAAGGAGCAGUCGGGCGGACCACUCCACCGAACCGGGGAGAAUGACAUCACUCCUGGGCGGACUGACACCGCUGCUGUGGAUCCUUGGGAGUUUCAUUGCUGUGGUGCAGGGGGACUUUGAGCAACAAUCUCCCGUGCAGUCCUUGACCGAGGUUGAGACCCGGCUGCCCUGCCGGUUCAAGGUGGAAGUGGGCCAGGUGGUGGUUCAGGUCACCUGGACCAAGGAGAGAGCAGAUGGUACCAAGGACCAGAUCAUCACAGUACACCACACUGCCGGACAAACAGAGUUUGGUCAGUACUCGGGGCGUGUGCGGUUCGGCAGCAGUGAGCCCACAGUGGACUCGUCUCUGAUCAUCAUGAACACUGUGGAGUCAGAUGAGGGCAGGUACAACUGUCACAUCAGCAUCUUCCCCUCUGGGAACUUUGAACAACAGCUGUCACUCACCGUGUGGACCACGCCCAUCUCCUCCCUGGACCCUGUAAUUCUUGUCGAGGGCCAGUCCUUUCGAUUGGCUGCCUCCUGCCGCUCCGUGGCCCGCCCCCCGCCCAUCCUCAACUGGGACACAGACCUGACGGGCCUGUCACAGAAUAGGAGUUCGGUGGGCGGGUCAGUCUCCACCCACUUCUCCCUGCACCCCCUGAGGAGUAUGAACGGGAUGAGGCUGGACUGUCUGGUGAGGCACCGUGCUCUGAAGGAACCCCGCAGGAUCACCAACAACCUGGUGGUGCACUAUCCUCCCAAUGCAGAGAUCUCUGGGUUUAAUCAUAACUGGUAUGCUGGUCUGGAGGGAGCUGCCCUCAGCUGUGUCAGUGGAGGAAACCCCAAACCACAGAGUUUCACCUGGACCAGGAAGGGUGGAGACUUACCAGAGGGCGUUACGGCAGGGAAUGGAUCCCUGCUGUUCAAUAGGCCCCUCGGUUUGACAGAUGCUGGUAUCUACCAAUGUGUGGCCUAUAACGUUGUGGGGACCGGGAAAGCAGAGGUGGAGAUCACUGUGACGGAGUUUCCUCAGAAGCCGGUGUUUUUCAACAGUCUCUUGAUGAUCAUAGUUGGCGGGGUGGCUGGAGGACUGCUACUCAUCAUGGUCAUCAUAGUAAUCUCAGUGACCCGUCACCACAAACGCAAAAACAAGAAACUGGAGAGAGAAUUGAAUGUGAAGAAGGAGGAGAUCAGUACACUCUCCAGGCAGGCCUCUUUCAGGAGAAUCAACUCAUUCAGUACGGAUGCUAGAGGACAGAUGGAGGAGAAUAUCCCUCUCAGAGUGGAGGGGACACUGCGGACCAGUCUGUCCUCUCUAGGGGAUCCAGGGCGCAUCAGGGACAGUCGCUCUACUCUGGUAGGGGGAGGUGGACUAGACUACCUGGGUCGACCUGUUCUGAACAACUCUUCACGACGAGGGAGGGAGAACAGAGCCAUGGACAGAGAGGAGGAGAACAGACUUAGGGUGGAGUCAUACGUACGGAAUAGCACUAUGUCUUUGGGAACCCGUCUCCACCUGCCAAUCCAACCCUCUCCCUUCCCAAUGGAACAGUCCACCAAGCUGCUGAGGUCCCUGAACGGCAGCGUCAUCAUCCCAACAGAGGGGGGUUUACAUGCACGGAACUCUCCUCUCAGCUGCAGCUACCCUCCUGUCACAGACGACGAACAGGAGGAGGGUAAAAGUGUGGAGGGGGAGCGGGGGACAAGCUCCAGGAUGAGUUGUUUAGAUCAGGGAAGGUCAGAAGACCAGGACAACAGUUCUCAGAUCUCAGACGCGGAACGUGGACACAACCAUCACUUCCAGCAGAACGGAACGCUGAGACCCAAACCCCGGCCCAACGGCAUCCCAUCCCCACACACCUCCCUCAUCCAUAAGGCCCAGAUUGUAUAGAUGGUCCGGGCAAGAGCAGGUGACGCACUAUACGACAAGGAUUGGUCGUGACUUUGGGAUAGGCGCUCGCCGGUGUGGUGGCAUACCCCGGUGGCAGCCAGUUUACCCCCUUUUCACUUCUAGAAAAUCCCUUGCAUUCGCCUCGAGCUCUCAGACAUUUUUGAUCCAACAGGUAAAGGUUCUUAUUGGUGAACAGGUAACGCUUCUGAUUGGUGUAGAGAUACAAAUAAGUAACACAUACGUUUCACAGGAGAGGAGCUGGACAAAUUAAAAGCUUAUGAAUGUCAGGUUGCACAUAGACCGAAGUAGUCAUAAUAUUUUACUGUAUAUAAUAUCACAGCAAUAACGAUCACUACAGGAAGCAUCAAGAGGACUUUUACAUGAUUUUGUACCCUAAAAAGACGUAUUUUUUUACAUUUAUUUUUAUUUUUUAUUAAGACUUGAUAACAGGACACUGUAACCGAGAAACAAGAUUUGAAUAUCAUCAAAUGCAGUGACUCCUAACUGAACUCAGCGAAGAGGCAUUCAGCAGAAGCACCAAUAGCGCUUGCCCGUUCGAAAGAAUCCAUGUGUUGGUGAACUUUCACCCUCCUUUCCUCUGGAUGAGGGGAUACAACACAUACGGAUCUGUUCACCCUAAUAUUGAGUCCAUCUUUCUAACUUUAAGUGUGGCAGGGGUUUAUUUAGAUGUACUCCUCCUUGCCAUGAACCUCAGUGUGCACAAACAACAACACUUUGAACUCGCUAUAGUCUUUGAUGCCAAAAGCCAAUGAGACUGCAUUUUAGCUGUGGAAAAAGUACCCAAUUGUCAUACUUGAGUAAAGUAAAGAUUACUCAAGUGAAAUUCACCCAGUAAAAUACUAUUUGAGUAACAGUAUUUGGUUUUAAAUAUACUUAAGUACA